CUGCCAUGACAGCAGUCAGUGUGCACUCAGCACUCAAACCUCCCAAAUCAACAAAAAGAUACAAGACUGUCAGAAGGAAUGCCAGCAUUUACAGAGUGCCUCCUCACAGCAAUUCAGAUGACGAUGAUGCUGAUGGCAAAGAGGAGAAUAAUGACCCUGAAGCAAUCUUCCAGAACAUACAAAUCCAGAAAGAGAUUGUCGCAAAUAUUCGAUGUAGACCGUGGCCAAUGAGACAGAAGCUCCGCUCACUCAGACAAGCUAAAGAGAUUGUGUUGAAGUAUGAAGGCAGAUUGACCAGAACGAGAGGCUAUCAGGCUGCAGGUGCAGAGCUUUGGAGGAAAUUUGCCAGACUGUCCUAUAACUUUGCUGUCCUUUUUAUCCCAUGGGAAAUGAGGAUAAAGAAGAUAGAAAGUCAUUUCGGAUCUGGGGUGGCAUCCUACUUUAUCUUUUUGAGAUGGUUGUUCGGGAUUAACAUUGUUCUCACAAUAUUGACUGGUGCAUUUGUUGUAUUACCAGAGAUCCUAGCUGGGGCCCCUUUUGGAAGCACCAUCAAUAAGAAAAUCCCUGAUAAGGAAGUCUCAUCAGCACAGGACCUCAAUACCAUCUGGUCAUUGGGGGGUUAUCUGCAAUACUCUGUGUUGUUUUAUGGAUACUAUGGUCGAGAAAGAAAAAUAGGAAGAGCUGGAUACCGUCUGCCGCUGGCGUAUUUCCUCGUUGGAAUGGCAGUGUUCGCCUACAGUUUCAUUACAUUGUUAAGAAAGAUGGCCAGGAACUCCCGUCUGAGCUUGGCAAGUGCUUCUGAUGAAAACUACACUUUCUGCUGGAGAAUCUUCUGUGCAUGGGACUAUCUUAUCGGGAAUCCAGAAGCUGCGGAGAGCAAAACGGCUGCCAUUGUUAACAGUAUUAGGGAAGCCAUUUUAGAGGAGCAGGAAAAAAGGAAAAGUACAAAUUUAGCAGUAACAAUAAGCCUCCGGAUUCUCGCAAACAUUCUAGUCCUACUUUCACUCGCUGGCAGCAUCUAUAUCAUAUAUUUUGUGGUGGACAGAUCUCAAAAACUGGAACGCACAAAAAUAGAACUUACACUCUGGGAAAAAAAUGAGGUGAGUGUGGUUGUCUCGCUAAUCACCAUGAUUGCUCCAUCAGCCUUUGAGCUGGUCGCUGCAUUGGAGAUGUAUCAUCCAAGAACUACACUACGGUUCCAGCUUGCAAGGGUUCUAGUACUAUAUCUCGGAAACCUUUACAGCCUAAUCAUUGCCUUGCUGGACAAAGUAAAUAGCAUGAGUAACAGUGGCAAUGACACUUUGAUAGAUUCAGCACCUCUUUUUGCCACAACAUCUAUCACCGUCCUUCCUACAGUUACUCCUGAUGUGGCAGGUCUAGAAAACUCGACCCUGGCAUUAUAUAUGGAGCAGAAUAUGACAAAAACCAUGGCAUUCAUUAACCAGACAUCUUCGUCCAUUGUUUCAGUUACUCCACUUCAAAAAAAUGAAUGUUGGGAAACCUAUGUUGGACAGGAGAUGCUGAAACUGUCUAUUAUUGAUAUGAUUUUCACAGUGGCAAGUAUUCUUCUUAUCGACUUCUUUCGGGGCCUUUUUGUACGUUAUAUGAGUGACUGUUGCUGUUGGGAUCUGGAAAGCAAAUUUCCAGAGUAUGGUGAAUUCAAAAUUGCAGAGAAUGUGCUGCAUCUGAUCUACAACCAAGGAAUGAUCUGGAUGGGAGCCUUUUUCUCUCCGUGUCUACCAGCAUUCAAUGUGUUUAAAUUGAUUGGGCUGAUGUAUUUAAGGAGCUGGGCAGUUCUGACAUGCAAUGUUCCCCAUCAGCAAGUUUUCAGAGCUUCAAGAUCUAAUAAUUUUUACCUGGCUAUGCUUCUGUUUAUGUUAUUCCUAUGCAUGUUGCCAACAGUGUUCUCUAUUGUAAGGUAUAAGCCAUCCAUAAACUGUGGACCCUUUAGUGGGCAAGAGAAAAUUUAUGACAUUAUUUCUGAAACCAUUCAAACUGAUUUUCCUGCUUGGUUUAACAAAGUGAUGAGUUAUGUGAGCAGUCCUGUGGUGGUUGUCCCUGCUUUGCUUCUUCUCUUCAUGUUAAUUUAUUAUCUACAAAGUAUUGCGAGAUCACUAAAGUUCACCAAUAAUCAACUGAGAGCACAGAUCCAAACCGAAAGAAUUGAGGACAAGAAAAAAGUUUUUAAGUUGGCUGUAGCUCGGUUUCAGAAUAUUGAUGGACAUGACAAAAAGCAAGAGAAAGACAAUGACAUAGUCAGCCAGGAGUCAUCGGCACGGUCAUCCACACCAAGAAAGAAUGGUAGUGUAGUGAAUUUUGAAUCGCCAGUAAGCAAGAACAGUAGAAUUCAAACAAUCUCUCAAUCUGCAACACGGCCGGGAAUUUUACACUCUCCAAAUAUAAGUCCUUCUGUGUCGGGAAUCCAGGAAAAAAGACAUGAGAAUGUUACAAAUCGGCCCCCAAGUGGAAAGAUGAGAAGUGUGAGUGAUGCCUGUCGGACCAAGAGCUACAACCCAACACAUCAUCACAAGAAGCAUGUUGAAGAUUCCCAGUCUGAGCCUCUCUUCAGAAGAGGGAUAAGGCAGAUAACUCCAGAUCAUCGUGCAGCGGGUGUAUCAAGCAUGGUGCCUCAAAGACCCCAUACAAGAUAUUUUAUUGUAAAUGAGCACGACUCUCGCAAGAAGAUUAUACGUUCAACUUCUCGUUUACCGAGACACUUCCGAAUGGAAGAGACUGGCGACAUAGUGGAAUUAUACCCGAGAAAUGUCAGGAGGUACGUUGUUCAAACUCCACGUCGGUCUUAUUCACCCCAUCUGAGUGAGGAAGAAGAGGAAGAAUUGCAAAAAGACUUAAUACGUAGAUCCCACCGCCCUCGCUCACUAUCAGAUCUUAGACACCCUCCUCGAUUUUACAUUGGAGAACGCACAGACAGUCAGAUUUUAUCUGGAAGAGAUCUGGUGAAAAUGCAGUACAAAUCAUGGGAAGGAGGGUUCCACCUUGACUCAGACAAAACCCACCAUCGGAAAAAGAUAAAUCUAAGAAAUAUAGACCUUGAUGAACAAUAUGUGGAACGCCACCACAAAGUUAAAUCGAAACAAAAGCAUGAGCCAUGCCCUACAGAGUCUGACUCAAUUUCCAAUACAUCCAGUAGUGACCAGCAAAACAGCAGCACUGACCAGUACAUUCAAGUUAUUCAUAACAAGGACAAAUAUAUAAAAACCAGUGGAAAACUAACUAGAAAGAAGGCAAAGGCCCAUGUUGACAUAAAAGCCUCUGCAUUUAGUGAGUUAAUUUGUUCCAAUGUUUAGGAAAUUAUUAGUUGAGCAGAUUCUACAUACAAUAUUGUACAAAAUUAUUAUACAGAAAAUCAUUAAAUACAUUGGAAUUUUUACUCUGC